AACAAAGAAAAUUUAUUUUCCGAGAAAUUUAGACUGCUAAAUUCGCAAGAACACACAGAAGAAAUCAAUUGGUCAUGCAGCGAUUCGAGUGAUUUCGAAAAUGUACCGAUUACCGAAAGAGUUUGCAACUUGUCUAACAAGAUGCACCCAAAGAAGUCGAAAAUAUGAAUAAAUCGCCUAUCCUGCAAAGAAAAAGCAAGUCUUUAAGCCUUCAAAAGUCUCCUGUUCUCGCGUCUACACCGCAGUUUUUCCCGCCAUAUAAAUGCACAAAGGUGGAACCAAGCUCUCCUAUUAUAACUUGUAAAGUUGCUGAACAGCAUCCUAAAAUAAAUGUACCUGAUAAAAGUCCGAUAUUACUGCUUAAAUACAGCUCACCAAGAGCAUCUCCAAAAGUGAAGAAAAAGUUGUUCAAAGUGACCGAAACUCGCAAGGAAAUUGAACAAACAUGCAACAAAGAAGACAGUAUUGAUGUUUCACUUGUAAAUAUAAGGGAAAGUGAAAGAAAUCUGCACUUAGAUAGAAGAAAAAAUGAAGAAUGUUGCAGAAAUAAUAAAAUUAACAGGUCAAAAUAUGAAUCUAUAAAAAAUUAUAGCAAUGAAACAAAUGAUCAUCUGCCAAGAUUGUUAAGUACUGGAAGAGAUGAUGAAAUAAAACUAGAAAAUGAUUGCGAAGACAAUGUAAAAUUGAAAUCUGUAAAUGGUUCAAUAAACGAACCAAAUGAUGAAGACGACAGCUUUAAGAUGCUGAAGACAGAAAACGUAGAUUUAGUUAAAAGAGUAAAGUCAUAUUUUGACAGCCAUUUUAGCUCAGGAACGACCUCACAGCAUUCUAUAAGUGAUUGUACCACACAGCAAAAUUCCAAAACGAGUGACGAAUUUGAUAUCAUUUCAUUUGUAACUCAAGUGAACUCAAACAGAGCUAGUUCACAAUCUGAACAGGAUGCUAUAAGCAAAAAUCCAUCACCCAUUAGUUCCCAAUCGGCCGAAAUCAAUGACAAACCAAAAAAGAUCCGCUACAAAAAAAAUGGUCUAUCUUUUAGGCUGAACACUAUUUUAAAAAAACAAAACGCUAAUGUUUCUUUAUGGCAACAUGAAAAGUUUUUAGCAGAAAGUUCAAAUUUUGUUAUUCCUAAAGGUGAGCAUCUUGUGUUCCAAAUUCAAAAAGCAGAAUUCAAAUAUGGCUGCUACUUAUUAGAAGUUGUUGAUGUAAAUAACUUACAUUUCUUGAUACUCAUCAACUCAUGUUAUGUACAAAAUGUGAAUAUUACUCAAAAUAUGAUUUUAAAACUAUAUGACCCUUACAAAAUAGUGGAAUUCAAAGAAGAUUGUAAACUUAUAAUCAAUACUUGUAAAUUUGAAUGCAUAUCUUUAAGGCAAUAAGUAUUUGUAUGGUUUUAUUUUAUAAUAAUAAUUGUUGUUAAUUCAUUUUAUAAAUAAAAAUACUUU